CUGUAUUAUAACUUGUUACAAUGAGUAUUACUGGUAUUGGCCAUUAUAUUCCCUCCACCCACCAACUGAAUCAUUUUUACUUCAUUUCGUGCUGCUGUUCAUAAUGAAGCACCGGGCACCCACUCACCGUCUCUUAACCCGAUGUCACCGUUGCGGGAUUUUCUAACAAUUCCGCCAUUUAUCGGCCCUCCCGAAAAUCCGCAACAAUUUGCCUCGAGAGGUGCCUGUGCGCCUUCACACGUCUGAGCAAUGAAUACAACAGCAGCACGUGUAUUGGGCGGCGAUCACGUGUCUUCGGAUGCCCACCGCAACGCUGGUGAAUGUGGCAUAUCGCAUCCAGACGGUGAUUUCAUCGACAUCGGCGCAGUCAUGGACGUUGAAGUGGAAUCUGCAGACGUAAUUCGCCUGAUCAUGCAGUAUCUGAAGGAGAAUAAUCUGCACCGCACGCUGGCGAUGCUUCAAGAGGAGACGACCGUGUCCCUGCACACGGUGGACAGCAUCGACAGCUUCAUUGCGGACAUCACCAACGGGCACUGGGACAUAGUGCUGCUCUCGAUCCAGUACCUGAAACUUCCGGACAAACUGCUCAUUGAUCUCUAUGAACAGAUUGUACUAGAAUUGAUCGAGUUGGGAGAACUAGGGGCAGCCCAGUGUUUACUGAAGCAAACAGACCCCAUGAUCAUGCUGAAGCACACACAACCUGAGCGCUACUCGCACACGGAGACUCUACUCACCAAGCCUUACUUUGACUCAGAGAAGGCGUAUCCGGCAGGCAGUAGCAAAGAGAAGCGCAGACAGGCUAUCGCUCAAGCUUUUGCAGGAGAGGUCUGUUUGGUGCCACCCUCACGUCUCAUGGCUCUGCUGGGCCAGGGUCGUAUAUGUGAAGGGGCUCUUUACAGAUUACAGGAAACCAAAGCACUAAGGCAGUUUGGCUCAUUAGCAAUGCUGUCUUUAAAGUGGCAGCAGCAUCAGGGACUUUUACCUCCAGGCAUGUCAUUGCAACUGUUCCGUGGCAAAGGUGCAUUGAAGGACAUGGAGGAAGAACGCUUCCCGACACAGCUGAGUCGCCUUAUAAAGGUGACCCUGAGCAUCCUCACGCAUGUAGAGAUAUCGUGGGACCUGGAUAUCUGUUUACACGUGUGUACGUGUGUGAUACAGUUUGGGCCGAAAUCCCAUGUUGAGUGUGCACGCUUUUCCCCUGAUGGACAGUACCUGAUCACUGGAUCUGUUGAUGGUUUCAUUGAGGUCUGGAACUUCAGCACGGGUAAAAUUCGGAAGGAUCUGAAAUACCAAGCCCAAGACAAUUUCAUGAUGAUGGAUGAGGCCGUUCUGUGUCUGGCAGUUAGUCACGAAUCAGACAUGGUCGCCUCUGGAGCGCAGGAUGGAAAGAUACAGGUUUGGAGGAUUUUGAACGGCCAGUGUCUGCGAAAGUUCGAGCGAGCUCACGGGAAGGCAGUCACCUGCGUCUGCUUUAACAAAGACAGCAGUCAACUGCUCAGUGCCUCCUUUGACCAGAUCAUCAGACUACAUGGCUUGAAAUCAGGAAAAAUGCUGAAGGAGUUCAUAGGCCACAAGGCUCACGUAAACGAUGUUAUCUUCUCACACGGCGGUCAGCAUGUCAUUAGUGCAUCAGCAGACGGGACGGUGAAGAUCUGGAGCAUGAAGACAAUGGAUUGCACCCAUACGAUGAAAACCCCCGCCAUUCCCGAGGGUACGGACAUCACGGUUAACAAUGUCGCUCUCGUCCCGAAAACUCCGGAUCACUUUGUGGUGUGCAAUAGAACCAACACGGUGGUUGUUACGAACAUUCAUGGCCAGGUGAUGAGGAGUUUCUGUUUGGGGGUGAGAGAGGGGGCAGAGUUUGUCUGCUGCACGUUGUCUCCGCGUGGCGAGUGGAUCUAUUGCGUGGGAGAGGACUAUGUGCUGUACUGCUUCAGCACCAUCACUGGCAAACUGGAGAGAACCCUCACGAUCCAUGAAAAAGAUGUGAUCGGCAUUACCCAUCACCCUCAUCAAAAUCUUAUCGCCACAUACAGUGACGACGGUCUGCUCAAACUCUGGAAGCCCUGAUUUUCUUCCUUCGUACUAUGAACUCUGAACAGGUGUCUUGUGUUUCUAAAUUCUGGAUGUGUGGACCCCCCGGCAUACAGUAUGUCUCUGCCGUGAGAUUGGUCUUCUCUUUAAAGCUUUAAAGCCUUGACCUGUGUUUUAGGAAAAAGAAACGACACAUUCACAAUUUAAUUGAAACUUUGCCCCCUGUAGCAAAAGAUCAUCGGAUUCAGAUGUUAGUUUUGGAAGUGGGCAUCAUUUGAAACUGCAUGAAUUUACUGAUCUGUUAUUAUCAUUAAGGGCUUUGUAGUAUUGUCUGUGAUGAUACCUGCAUGCAAGAUUUAGCCCUUUUAAAGCUAACAACCGUUUUCUUUGUCGACCAUUCUUGGAGAUGUACAUCUUCAUAUACAGUACGUGACGGUUUGUGAUUUCUUUGAGAUUUUAACCAAAGGCAAAUAUUCAGUGUGUACUUGCUCAGAAUGUGACCUUGCACGACAUGGACACAUACACAUUGUAUUGAGACUCAUAUUUGUACUUGUGUACAUUUAGAAUUCUGAUAUGUAUAGAAUUCACGUGGAACAACAUUGUUUUUGGUUUGGUGUGUUUUAACACUUGGCCGAGUACGUCUUGUACUACUUGUACUGCAUGCAAGUGAUACAUAUGCAGUUAUUGCAAUAUACUGUAUGGAAGUAAUCCGUGUGGUUUAUAUAUUCUAAAAAAGUACAGGUUAUUUUUAUCAAGGGUUCUUUUAAUAUGGGUAUCAGAUUGCUUUAGUGUAAAUCUCAAUGACCUACAGUAUUGAUAAAUGAUGUGCUGAUAUUGCUGCUGUUUAAUUAAAUUUCAAGCAUGAAUAAUCCACAACAAUCUUUGUGUGGUUAGGUGUCGAUUGCUUGAUUUCUGAAAUAAAUCUUCAGCAAAGUUGUACGUCUUGAAGUCGUGACUCUGAUCAGACACACGUUAAAGUUGUUAUCCUGAUGUAGA